GGAAGAGGGAGAGAUUCACACACACUCUUUUUUUUGGGAGGAUUUUUUUCUUUCUUUUUUUUUUUUACACAGUAGAAUCAUCGCACGGCAUCCAAGCCCCAGCAUCUCUGGAGUGCUUUUCUGUGAAAGAGCAUCACCAGAGCGCCUCAGCAAGGGGAGGUUUAAAGGGAGAAAGACACGAGGUGGAGUGUGGACCCUGUGCUCCUGGAGGUGCUGCUCCUGCUACUGCUCCCACAUCGGCAAGACUGACAGCAGAGCGAAUCCCAGAGGGAUGGUGAUUGACAUCUGCAGCUGAUCCUCUGGUGAGACUGGAGAGAGCAAGGGAUUGAGGCUGAGUGCACACACAGACUGACAGAGCCCUGUGUGCUACAGUGGAGGGCUUCACGGCUGAAUGCAUCACUCAGUGGAUCAGUUCAGUGGGCGUGGCACACGGGACCCCUACCCACAUGACAGACCAUACCGGGGGCCAUGGGUUCGGGCUCCACCCACAAGGUGCACUGGCAGCCAACCCCAAUUCCCCCCCCACAUGACCCCAUGUCACAUGACUGGACCGAGCCAUCCUCGCAAAUUCCACAAAAACAGUUCCCCAGGGUGCAGUGGAGGCCAGCUGGAGCAGGGGGGCUUACAGGGCCCGGGGGUGCAGAGGGACAUGCGACUCCUCCACCGGGGGCCUUGGCAGCCACAUGGGCAUCAGACUAGAGUCCUCAACCACUGCUACCAGAACGGCCCUCACCCGCAUGGCGGAUAUGGACCCAGCCCGCGGGCCCAUCACCAGCUUAGGUACGGGGCUCCUCACCAGCUUCAUCACCCCCGAAAUCACACCCCUGUGGGAGAAAUGUGGAGCCCCCCCCAGCAGCAGUGCAGGGGGGGCCCAGGAAAAAUGAUGGGCGGACACCUGAAGCGGCCCGCCCCCCCCCACACAGAACACUCCGUCAUACAGCACACCCCUCCCCCUGCUGAAAACUGCCCCAGCAAGAGGAUAAGGAGCUCCAGCUCCGAGCAGGUCUUCCACCCAACUCUGCAACGAUUCCCAACACAGAGCCACCCUGCACCGCCAGCCCCCCCCUUUGCUCGUCACAUGUCCCCAAAAUGGGCCUUCCGGAACCCUACCCAUAAAGGUGAAGCAGCCUGGGCUCAGAACGACAGGAAGGCUGGACCUCUGGAGUUCCAGGAGUCCUCCAGUCCGUCUUUGGGAGGGCCCCCAUACAGACCCCCACUGUGCAGGCCCUGGCCAGGGUCCCCAACCCCACAUUCCACACUGAACUAUGCCCCCCGACACGGAGCACAGCCCAGCAAAUCCACACCCCCGCCCUGUCCACCCACCCAUAGCCGUGAGCCCCGAGCCUGCCCCACUCCUCGGGGGGUGGUGAGCGAUAGGCCCCACCUCAUACCAGCGAGCCUCACCGGCGUGCCUUACAGUCCCUCCCAGCCAGCCCCUCCCACUGGCAGCAGCACAGUACCCGAGCAUCUGGACCCCGUCGAAGGCUGGACGCCAGCAGGCAGAGGUGGAAAGAGCGUGUUGGACAUGGGUCCCUCCAGGGCAGGGAUAGAAUCUCAGGGUCAGCAGCAGCACCGGGUUGAUAAGGCGCCCAGGGAGCCUGUCUGUGGAAACCCCUCACAAACUGGCCCUCGAGACCCAAUGAGCAGCACCACCACAUCCACUGAACCACUAAGCCAAUCAAGCUCUCUUCAGAGUGACAGCUGGGUGGUGCUAACCCAAGCCAAGCCCACUGCACCCUCUGACAUCUCCCCAGUGGAUAGCACUACCUGCAGCAGUAGUGGAAUUAGACAGUUGGAACCCCCUUCACUGCAGUCAGCAUCUCAAGAAAACGCCCCACCCGCAUAUGGCUGCUCUAUCGCCUCUGGACGCUCUCCAGCAUCACCCCCACAUUCAGCAUGCUCAGGAUACCAGAUGUCAGAGGAGAACGGCAUCACCAGCAGACCGAAUGGCUCACAGCCUCGCUCGCCACACGGCCCACCUGAUCCAGCCGCCACCAGAUCCUGCCCGCAGAGCAUGGCUGAGGCGCUGGAUAGGCUGGAGGCAAAGCUACAAGAACACCUUCAAGCUCAGGAAAGACAGCUGCAGGAGGAGAAAAUGGAGCGGGAGAAGGAGAAGGAGAAGAUUAUGGCAAGAAGUGACAAGAACACAAAGAGCGAUGAGCUGGAAAAAAAGGAGGGAAGUUGGAGGAAGACAGACACAGGGGAAGAAAAGAAGGAGAGCAGCCAGGAAGAGAAGCCAUCCUCUCCUUUGAUGGCCUCUCCCCCCAGCAACCCAUCUCCUUACCCAUCGCUGAGCCGUGCCGGGGCCCUUCCUGUCCUUGCGGCUUCAGAGAAUCAUGGGCCACCACCACUGACCCCUCAGACGGCAUCUGCACGCGAGAAGCAAAGACAGAGGGAGGGAAGAGGGACUUUUGCAUCACAGGGUCCUAAUGCCAAGAGCACUUUGGAGAUUAUUACAAGUCCUAACAAAGAGCGGGAAAAAGAAUUACCCCAACUUUUCCUCAAGGGCUCCCGCCUGGAGACCCACCAGAGCACCAGCAGCAGUUCCAUCAGGGAAACCUUCAAACCUUCGACAGCCAGCAAAGAACUUGUAGCCUCCAUCAAGGGACCCUAUAACUGUACUAGGAAGCUUUUGACACCCACUAAGGGGCCUUUGAAAUCCCUGACCUCCAACAAGGAGUCUUUAAAACUCUUAACCUCCAGCAAGGAGUCAUUGACUCCACUGACACCCAGACAGGAGAUUCUGACUUCUGACAAGGAUGCUCUAGCCUCCCCAACAUCUAGUUGUAAGCGCAUAACUCCAGGUGGGACUCGUUUUGAAGAUGAACCCUCUGAGCUGUGUAAUGUUCGACCAGAUGGUCUGCUCUCUGUCAUGUGCCUGCUGGAUGAACCUGUCCAAAAGGAAGACAAAACGCUCUCCCAUGGAGACCCUCUCUGUGCCCCUGACCUCCUCCCUGCCCCUAAGCUGCACUGUGGAGAUGACCUGGGGCCGGAUCCCCUUGCCAGCCCUCCCGUGCUUAGCAGGCAGGGCUCCUUAGCAUCUCUGCCUUGUGAGGAGGAUGACGAAGACGAUGACCGGAGGAUAUCUAAGCAUACUUUGAAUCUCAGUUCCACACAGUGCCCAUCAAGGUUGCCACAAGUGGGAACCAGCUACCGCCGUAGUGACCUUGCCAAGCUCUAUGGACUGCCGGAUUUGCCCAAAGAAGGUGAGGGGGAGGAGGAUGAAGAAGAAGAAGAAGAGUCAGAGCAAGAUGACAACUCACAAGAGAUGUCCCAGAGGCCACACCUUCACCAGACAGGGAUGGGUGGAAAGUUUGAAUCACUGGAUUCUGCUCCGGAAGGCCAGAGAUAUACCUACCGUGGAGGCCCCUUUGGCAGACCUCCACCUAAUGCCCUUGCAGGGGUCAAGUACUCUUCAUCCCUCUCUCUUUGCCCCGAGGUGUGCACCUCACCUACUACCCUUCCUGGGCAAAAUUCCAGCCAAACUCCAGCCUACACUGAUCUGCCUAAAGGAGAAUGCCAGGAGCCAGGGGGAGAGCAUGAUGAAAAGAAAGUAGCUGUUUUAGAAGACGGAGGGAAGAAAGAGAAGUGUGGGAAAUCAGGGACAGAGACAAAGAACAUUUCUUCAUCAUCCUCUCUUCCCUUCGGACUGCCAACUACAUCAUUUCACUGUAACUUGAAGUUAACCUCUAUCCCAAGAGCCUCACUGAAGGAACUGGGUCGCAGCUGUGAGGUCCUGCUUACCCGACAUCCCCUCCCAAAUGGAGCUGGAGGUCGGAUCAAGAUGGAAAGGGAGGUGGAGGACACUGCAGAACCACCAAAAGGCAAAGGGCAAGGGAGGGAGAAGGGUCAAAAACGCAAACAGAGCAGCACGCGCAGCAGAAGAGAACAGCAAAGCACAGAGAGGAAGAAAAAGCACAGAGGAACAAAGGAAGGGACUCAAGUCUGCUCUUCCUCUUCUUCAUCCACUGCCUCUCUGGGGUCCAGCUCACGGUCCAUGUCUAACAAGCGAUUGAAGGAGACUAAGUCGCGCAAAGACCGGAAGACCCGGCAGGUCCUGGGAAACCUUGACCUGCAGACCAAGGGGGUACAGGAGACCCAAAGGAGGACAGCCCUUGGUGACAAUGAAGGGUGUGUGCAGCUUGACGACAAGAGAAUGGAGGAGGGAGAAAGUGAGUCUCCUGCCGCAGGUAGCACAGGAUCCGUAGCCGCCCCUGGUAGCAGCACAGCUACAAGUGUAGCAUCAACAACAGCAGUGACCCCCACAAGUGGUACCCCUACCAAUGGGCCCCCAACUCUGGGUGCUGCUGACUUACUGAAACUGAAGGCCCUGUCAGAUGGACCUCCCCGAGAACUGAAAAUACGACUGAUCAAGGUAGAGAGCGGCAACAGGGAAACCUUCAUCGCCUCUGAAGUUGAGGAGAAGAGGAUCCCACUCUCAGAUAUUACCAUCAAAAACACAGCUUCUGAGGUUGUCCAAGCCUGCAGGGGAGCAAGGGUGAAAGGCAAAUUCAGAGAGUCCUAUUUGCUCCCAGCAUUCUCUGUCAAGCCCAAGAUGGUCAGCAGCAUGCCUAUUCCACGGGAGAAGCUUAAUCCCCCCACCCCAAGCAUCUAUCUAGAGAGCAAGAGGGAUGCCUUCUCUCCAGUGCUGCUGCAGUUCUGCACUGACCCCAAAAAUCCCAUCACUGUCAUCCGAGGUCUGGCCGGCUCCCUGCGUCUCAGUCUAGGCCUGUUUUCCACCAAGUCACUGGUAGAGGCCAAUGGGGAACAUGCAGUGGAGGUACGAACUCAAGUCCAGCAGCCGGCAGAUGAGAACUGGGAUCCCAGUGGCUCCACCCAAACCUGGCCCUGUGAAAGCAGCCGCUCCCACACCACCAUUGCAAAGUACGCACAGUACCAGGCCUCAUCUUUCCAGGAGAGCCUGCAGGAGGAGAAGGAAGUCGGUGAGGAUGAGGAAGAGGAGGAGGAACAAGGCCAUAACCCAGAUCUUACAGCCAACGUACCUACCAACACAGGCACCCCCAGCACGGAGCAGAAACCGCUUGGAAAGAUCAUCAAGUUUGGCACCAAUAUUGACCUCUCUGACCCCAAGAGGUGGAAGCCACAGCUGCAAGAGCUUCUGAAGCUUCCAGCCUUCAUGCGUGUUUCAUCCAAUGGGAAUAUGUUAAGCCAUGUGGGCCAUACUAUCCUGGGCAUGAACACCGUGCAGCUCUACAUGAAGGUCCCAGGGAGCCGUACCCCAGGCCAUCAAGAAAACAACAACUUCUGUUCUGUGAACAUCAACAUUGGACCAGGCGAUUGCGAAUGGUUUGCUGUGCAUGAGAACUACUGGGAGGCCAUCAAUGACUUCUGCGAACAGCAUGGGGUGGAUUACCUGACAGGAUCAUGGUGGCCAGUCCUAGAGGAUUUGUACCGAUCCAACAUCCCAGUGUACCGGUUCAUUCAGCGUCCAGGGGACUUGGUGUGGAUUAACGCUGGCACAGUACACUGGGUCCAAGCUGUGGGCUGGUGCAACAACAUUGCCUGGAAUGUGGGCCCACUGAAUUCCUACCAGUACCAGCUGGCCCUGGAGCGCUUUGAAUGGAAUGAGGUCAAGAAGGUCAAAUCCAUAGUGCCCAUGAUCCAUGUCUCAUGGAACGUGGCCCGUACUGUAAAGAUCACUGACCCGGACACCUACAAGAUGAUCAAACACUGCCUCCUGCAGUCCAUCAAGCACAUCCAGAUUCUGCGGGACCAGCUGGUGGCGGCUGGAAAAAAGAUCUCCUACCAAAGCCGGGUGAAGGACGAGCCUGCCUACUACUGCAACGAAUGUGAUGUGGAGGUGUUUAACCUGCUAUUUGUGACCAGCGAAAGCAGCAGCAGGAAGACGUACGUGGUGCACUGCGAAGACUGCGCGCGCCUGCGCAGCCAGAACCUCUCUGGGGUGGUGGUGCUGGAGCAAUACCGCAUGGAAGAACUGAUGAACGUAUACGACAACUUCACUCUGUCUCCAGCUCCCAGUUCGCGGUGAGAAGAGCCCCCGUCCCCUUCACAGCCAUAACCAAAACUCGCUUGGAGAACACAAGAUAUCGUAUUUAUUUAGUUUUUUUGAUACUACGACUGCUAAUACUUGCUGAAUCAGCCAAUCAAAAAUCUGUUUACUCAACAUUGUUUACAUAACACUGCAUCAGCUAAGAAACUGUUGUCUUCCCUCCUCCAUCAGCUGCUGAUUGGUUUUCUAACCACAGAAAAUAGAAUAACAGGAAUGGCUCCUGUGCUUAGAAGCACCAGGAAAACAUGCUUGUGGAGCCGACACCAGAAAAGUGUGAACCUUAAAGUGAGACACAAACAAUCUCCUGCAGAGGUUGGUCUGAUUUAACCGAAUAUCAGGGAACCACACCCACAUGUCCAUCCUUUUCUAAUUUCAAAUCUAGUAGGAUGGGUUUACAUACGGAGACAAUAAGCCUGUGCUUACUCAAUUGCCAUGGCAACAUUGUUUUUAUGCGAACGGCAGGGCAAUCCGUCUAUCAGCUAAAGAAGCUCAGUGACCUGCUUCUUGGAUCUAUUGGUUGCUGUUUUGUUCUCAGAUUUUGAGGUGAAUCCUGGGAUUUGUAAAUGUUAUUUGUAUUUCUUGUGGGGUGCUAUUUUAAAUUUUAUUUAUUUCGCAUAUUUUUGAGAAAUGUUUAAAACAGCCUGGUUGUUUACCACAUUGGCCUUGUGACAUUUGUUUAGAUUUUAAAUAGUAAUUAUAGAGAUUAAUACUUUUUUUCUAAAGCAUUAAGGAAAAAAAAUUGUAUCAAAAUACUUCAAAACAUACGGGUUCUAGGAAAACUGUUUCUCGUUAAUCUGUAUUUGCAAAUCACGUAUAUGUCGUCUCCAUAUUUUACAUAAUUUUAUCUUUGAAACUUAAGAUUGGAUUGUUGAAAUACACCUAUUUAGUGACUGUUUCACUAUUCUGAUAUUGCUACUAUUAUUAACUAUAUUCAAAUUGUUUGUUUUACCUCAUUUGGCAUUUUUGUCUUUUUAUCGGGAAUUUUAAUUUUUGGAAUUUAUUUAUGUACUUCUCGGUCUCUAUUUAUUCGCAUUGAUGCUCUUCUCCUUCGGGUUUGAAGUAACAUUUGAUGAUCUUCUGUUCAUAUUCUGUGUGGUAUUUCAGAGGGGUGACUGGGAGACUCUCGUUUAAAUGGUGCUCAUCUCCCCUUGCCUCUUCAGAACUGAUACAUGAUUUAUAAACAUAUACAGGAAUACAUUGUUAACCUAUAGAAUGGUGCUUAGAACAGGGCCAGUAUGCAUAAAUUCUAAAGAAUGCUGUCUUUGUACUGUAUUAAACAUGAAUACCUUCUGAUAUGUGUGACCGACCUUAAGAAUCUUUGGGUAAAAGGAUAAAAUUGUGAGACUUGUCAAUAUUAAUUAUUAAAUGGUUUUAGUGAUGGGGCUCUCACUUUUCUUUAAAAAAAAUCUAUUUUCCUGUUGCAAUAUACAUUUGUCCUUCUUUGGUGUUUAUUUAAACUGCACUGUUUGGAAACUAAAGACAGGAAACUGAGCCGGAUUUGUCUUCUAUACUCUGUGAAUUUGUGAGAUUACUAUGACUGAGCAUAAAAAUAAAACUUUUGAUAAACUUCAAAUGA